AUGGACUUUGAUCAGUUUAUGAGCUUCCAGCAAAAACCUGGAGGCGAAACCGACAAGUUCCAGCAGACAACGAGUGAUGAAAUAUCGUAUGGAGGCUCAGUUGACAACAGGGCAUCUCGUGGCAGAAACUCGCCGUUGAGCGUGAACACAGAGCUCAAAAAGCCUCCCAGACCUGUCCAAGGCACUCCCGGGGAGCUAGAGAAUCUUUUUUUCUCACCGGUGAGUGAUGAAAUACCCGAUGGGUACCCUCUAAGCUCAAAUAUGACAACCCCGACCAUAAAAAUAGAACAACCCUUCGACGACCAUACAAACUUCGAGCUACCACCAUCCACCGAAACACACCCUAGCAUGGGUAGUGGCUUUGAAGAUCCAAUCCACAGGCCUUUUCUGGCGUCACAGCAGCAACAGCAGCAGCAGCAUCUGCCGUCAGCAUAUCAUAUGGACUACGGGCCUUCCACGAGCUAUCAAAAGCCAUCGGCCUUGCUAUCCCCAAAUGCCUUUGACGACUCCAUUUCCACACAUUCGAGCUCUCUGCACUCCGCUCACUCUCCAAGCUCAUUCAGUGACCAUUUGACUAGUGAAUGGUUGCCUCACAACGUGGCACUUUCUCCUGCGUCGUCGAGGCUCACCACAGGUGACGAUGAGUUGGACGAAAUUUUGAGCGUUAACUCUGCUAAUGAACCCUUCUACGACGCUGACUUCGAUCCCAUCGUGGAUAGUCACUCAACACAACAAGUAGAGGCCUUCUCAGGUUCGAUAGACGAUGUCUUUGGAGAUUCUCAACUACAACUGGAACGGGACAGCCCUGCAGCAAUAAGAUCAGACUUUAGUAACGCUGAGUUUUUGAAGCCGCACAUAUCCAUUGAGGAGUUUAAAUCCUUUUCGCCGAAUGAUCUUCUGCACAAUAAAGUCUUGAGCAGUACAUCGUCUCCGGUCUCUUUCCAUACUGCUCGUCAGAACACUGAUUUCCUUUCCGUUCAAACCGACGAAGGAGCAGCGUUCAGUGAGGAGAAUUCGGACACUCACACGCUCAUGCGACAAGGCCGCAAAAUCCGACGUCAAUCGAUACAAGUUGGUGGUCGAUCCACCUCAUCAAGACGAAGGUUAUCCGUCGAUGAAAAAGCGCGUUCCCUGAGCGAAGAUAGAGAAAAACUAUUGGAGCUGGCAGCAUUGAAGCCAAGCAAAUCUCAGAACGACUAUGCUGAUUACAAUGGGGACUUUGACCCAUCUAACCUGGACGACGACGACCCCAUUGAGUCCAGUGAACGCAAGAGAAAUCAAAAAAAUCUAGCCAUAUACGCAUGCCAUGUCUGCGACAAAAAGUUUACCAGGCCUUACAACUUGAAGUCGCAUUUACGCACACACACUGACGAAAGACCAUUUGUGUGUAGUAUUUGUGGCAAGGCUUUUGCACGACAACACGACCGCAAGCGUCACGAAGAUUUACACACAGGCAAAAAGAGAUACGUGUGUCAGGGAAAGCUGAAAAACGGCUCUCAGUGGGGGUGCGGGAAGAAGUUUGCCAGAAGCGAUGCCUUAGGACGACAUUUGAAAACCGAAGGUGGGAAGCGGUGCAUCGCGCCGUUGUACGAAGAGGUAACUCGGGAAAGAGCUGCAGGGCGAAAAGCUGAUUUUGAUCUACCCAUUGACUUUUGA